CGGAUCUCUCCCAAAGCUCAAGCCCACGUAGAAAAAACAGAGCUUCGUCCUCUGCGAUCUCGCGUCUUCUUCCUCUUCGUAGCCGGUUAAACCCUAACCGCCAUUGCCCCUUCAGAGCAGAAACCGCCAAGACAGAAGACGAAUUGAGACACCCUCUUUCGAUUGGGCGAUGAGUUCUGGGCGAUCACUGGGCUGAUAAUAAGUUUCCCGGAAUCAUCUGACCUGUCGGGCAGUUGACUUUUGAGCAAUUCUUGACUCGAACUCUAAAUUGAAAGAUUGUCGGUAGGAUUCUGAUGGAAUCGAAACCCGUUUGUGAUAAUGAUGCUGCUCCAAGGAAGAUGAGAUUUGCACCUAAAGCUCCUCCGGCUCGAAGGCAGAAACCUGCUGUUGUUAAAACGGAAGUGAGAGAUGAUAAUGACGAUGACACAAAGGCUAAGGAUUUGCUGCGGCACUUCAAUGAAGGUAUCAUGAAGGAGAAGCCCAAAAUUGAGAGAAAAGUGGCUCCAUCGCAAAUCGCAUUUGGUUAUGGAGGGACUUCGACUUCAUUGAAAUCAUAUCAUGCUCGGAAGGAUCAAAAAAAUGUUAACCCAUAUCAAGGUAUUUCCAAUGGUCCAGGCCCGAGAGAGGAGAAAGAAUACAGAGAACCUUGGGAUUAUUACAGUUACUAUCCUGUAACUCUUCCUUUAAGGAGACCAUAUUCAGGAAAUCCAGAACAUCUUGAUGAAGAGGAGUUUGGGGAUGCCUCCAGUAGUGCAACUUAUGACGAAACUAAACUAAACUCAGCCACAGAACUUGGCCUAAUGGACAGUCAGCAUGACGGAAGUUUGGAACCCAGUAUGUUCUUUAUUCAGUUACCUCCAACAAUCCCAAUGGCAAAGCGUUUGACAACUGCAGAAGGGAACGACACAACCGAAAGCUCAACAUCCUCUGAGGUUUUGGGUUCCUCAGAGAAGAGAUGCAGUUUAGACGAGUUGCCAGCAGGGUUGAUGGGUAAAAUGCUGGUGUAUAGAAGUGGUGCUGUCAAGCUCAAGCUCGGUGAUACUCUCUAUGAUGUAUCCUCGGGUUUGGAUUGUGUGUUUGCUCAGGAUGUUGUGGCCAUCAGCAAAACAGAGAAGCACUUCUGCGUUGUUGGGGAGCUCAAUAAGCGCGCCAUUCUUACUCCAGAUGUGGACUCAAUAUUAGAUAGCAUGAAUGAAUUAUGACCAUCUUUCCCUUCAUUCAGGUACAUUUUCGCAGCACAAUAACGCGUGAGCGGAUGAUUAAAUUUUGUGAACGUGAGGUUAUGGUGUUAAGGUGGGGCGUCGGAUUGACAAUUCCCACAAUAGUUCGGUUUUGAGAUAGAGAGAGUUCAAAAAUAAUUUUGUACUUCAGCUUCCUUUUCUCAUCAUGUAGACAAUCAAGUUUUGUUCUUUCCAAAUCGAAGGGAUAAUGUCACUCUAAUUGAAGAGAUUAUGACAUUCAGCUUGUAGCCGGAGUCACCUAUCCUGCUUGUGGUUUCUCAUGUUGGUACUAGAGGAACUUCAAUUGAUAAUAAUAGUUUUGACUUUU